AUGAGAUUUUUUUCAGCUGCAAUAAUUUUAUCAUUAUCUACCUCAGCAUUAGCUGCUAUCAAACAAGUUCAAUUGUUUGCUGUUUCAGAUGAUGAUGAUAUAAAUGGUUCUGGUUUAUAUUCAACUCAUGAAGGUGCAGGUAUAAAUUAUUUCUUUUUAGGUGCUGCUCAAACUUUACAAUAUAAUGAUGAAUCAAAAACUGUAUUUAUUGAAUUAAACACUCAACCACCUGCACCACAAGUUUUAGCUUUCGAGGGUAAAUUCUUAGCUUUAACUGUUGCUCAAGAACCAUUAUCUGUUGAAAUUGAUGACGAUGGUGAUGUUACUUUCCCUGGGUCAAAUAAACUUUUUGCGGCAUUGAAUGUUGAUGAUCCUUAUGGACAUUCAAAGAAUGUUCACGCAGUUGUCAAAAAAGGUGGUAAAGGUGCUGUACCAAUAACAAUUAAGGCUAAAAUAGUAGGAGAACAACCGGGAAAAAGAUCUAAAUCUUCAGAACUGAAAUCAUCUCCUAAACCAACUCAUAAACCAACUCAUAAACCAACUCAUAAACCAACUCAUAAACCAACUCCUAAACCAACUCCUAAACCAACCCCUGAAACAACUCCUGAAACAACUCCUGAAACAACUCCUGAAACAACUCCUGAAACAACUCCUGAAACAACUCCUGAAACAACUCCUGAAACAACUCCUGAAACAACCUUAUCCUCAUCAAAAACUAGUGAGUCAAAUAAAACUGUAACCGUGUAUUCCACCUGGUGUCCAGAACCAACAACGUUAACAUUAACUGUUUGUGAUACAUCAUGUUUGAAAUCCGAAGUAACUAUAACAAAAACAGGUUGGGUUACUGUACCACAUGUUCAAAAAGAGACUACAACAGUACCAACCCCUAUUCCAUCACCAAAAACUUCCAAGUCGCCAGCUCCAAGUCCAUCUCCUACUUCCAAAUCAGUAGAAUCCCCAAUUCCAGCCCCACCUAAACCAACUGAACCGGUUGCUCCAGAACCAAUCCCAACUGAAUCACCAGCUCCUCCAGCUCCUCCAGCUCCUGCUCCACCAGCACCUGAAGCACCACCAGCUCCUGAAGCACCACCAGCUCCUCCAGCACCACCAGCACCUGAAGCUCCACCAGCUCCUGAAGCUCCUCCAGCUCCUCCAGCACCACCAGCUCCUGAAGCACCUCCAGCACCUCCAGCUCCUCCAGCUCCUCCAGCACCUCCAGCUCCUCCAGCUCCUCCAGCUCCACCAGCUCCUGAAGCUCCUCCAGCAGUAGAAACACCAGCUGCCCCACCAAGUGUCACUUCUUAUGAAGGUGUAGCAGCUAAUUACAAAGCAGGCUCAUUAGCUGUUGCAUUUGCUGCUAUUGGAUUAGUCUUAUAA